AUGCAAAUGCUCACUCCUCAACAACUGUCAGCCCUUAAUGAUGCAAAAGUGAUGAUCCGCAUGGAUAACGAACAGUAUUUGCGAGACCACCCUGAUGUGGCUAGGCUUAUGCGUGCGCUAGUGCGUGAUUUUCUUCGGUAUCGGCCAGCCAACCCAAACACAUAUGCUUAUCAAUUUUUCUCUCGAGAUCACUCGUUGAUUCGCCGAGAUCUCGAAGCGACAGAUUAA